GGCACUACUUUAACUGCCAUGGCUCAAUGCUAGGGGAUUCUGGGAGGCUUGCAGCUUGGCGAGGACCUCACAGCCUUGAGCCACGGGAGUCCAAGCGGUGUUGGUUCUCCAUUGCGGCUGCCUGGCCCCGUGGCCUCGAUGGGGGGCAGGAAGUGCCAGCGGCGGGCGAGUGAGCGAGCGAGCGGGGAAGUCCAGAGGGGCGGGAGGCCCGGCCUCCUUCCUGGCAGAGAGCAGGAAGACGCCUCGGCCCGGCGCUGGAGCUCGCUGCUGCUGCUCCUCUUGCUUCCUCUCCGGCUGCAUCGCGGGGAAGGAGGACAACAUCUGGCAUGUCAAGCUAAUACUCGCAAGGAUCCCUUUGCUGUUUUCUCCAACUUCGGUCCCAGAUUUGUCGUCUCAGGACAUUUUUAAUCCCAUGAUGAACAGCACUGGGUCCUGACUCAGGCACACAUUGUGAAACGGAUGGUCCUGGCUUGGCUUGGAAACUCUGUCGCAAUCCCCAGAACUGAGAAGGGGAAAAAUACCCACGUGAGUCAGUAGCCAAAGCUUGGGAGUCAAUUGCAGCAAAGUCCAGGAGCUUGGAAGAGACAGCAGCCCCAGGAUAACUCCCCCUUUCAGCUUCUUGUCCUUUGUGGAGCACUUGGAGCAACAUGGGAUCCAUGUUCCGCAGCGAAGAGGUCUGCCUAGCCCAGCUCUUUUUGCAGUCAAGUUCUGCAUAUGCUUGUGUCAGUGAACUUGGCGAACGGGGACUUGUGGAGUUCCGUGAUUUGAACCCCCAUGUUAAUGCCUUCCAGCGACGUUAUGUGGGUGAGGUGCGACGAUGUGAAGACAUGGAAAAAACCUUCACUUUCUUGGCCCAGGAGGUGCGGAAGGCAGGGCUGUCCCUGACACCUCCUGAGGACAACCUGCCAGCUCCACAGUCUCGUGAUGCCCUGCAGAUCCAAGAGGAGUCAGAGACCCUGGCACGGGAGUUGCGGGAAGUGAACCACAACCGAGAGGAGCUCCUCACUCGGCUACGGGACAUGCAAGAGCAUAUUCAGGUGUUACAGGAAGGACAGCACUUCACUGGUCAGCUGGCACCAAUGGGAUCUCCCUUCCGCCCACGCGCCUUCUCAGAGAGAGAACCUCUGCUCGACCCAUCCAUGGCGCAGCGGAUUGACCUGAGAAUAAACUUUGUGGCAGGAGUGAUCCACCCAUGGCGAGUUAGUUCCUUUGAACGGCUUCUGUGGCGUGCGUGCCGUGGCUACCUAGUUGCUCAUUUCACAGAGAUGCCAGAGCCUGUCAUAAAUCCAGCUACGGGUGAGAGUGUCACCUGUGUCAUCUUCAUCAUCUCCUACUGGGGCGAACAAAUUGGACAGAAAAUCCGCAAGAUCGCCAGCUGUUUUCAUUGCCACAUGUAUCCGUAUGCUGAUGAUGAGGCCGAGCGUGGGGAGACCUUGCGUCAAUUGCGCACCCAAAUAGAAGAGUUGACCAUCGUCUUGGGCCGGUCAGAGCACUGUUUGGACCAGAUGCUGCAAAAGGUGCUGAUGCUGCUUCCUGCUUGGCAAGUGCGGAUCCAGAAGAUGAAAGCAAUCUAUUUCAUCCUCAACCAGUGCAGCUUCAAUAUCACGGACAAGUGCCUUAUUGGUGAAGUGUGGUGCCCUGUACACGAUCUUCCAGCUGUACAGCAAGCCCUGAGGGAGGGAUCGCGCCUCAGUGGUUCCACAGUCGAAUCCUUUGUGCAUCGAAUCUCCAGCACUGAGAACCCUCCUACUCUCAUCCGUACCAAUAAAUUCACUGCUGGCUUCCAGAACAUUGUUGAUGCUUAUGGGGUGGCCAGCUAUCAAGAGGUGAACCCAGCUCCCUACACCAUCAUCACUUUCCCGUUCCUUUUUGCUGUCAUGUUUGGGGAUGUCGGCCAUGGUCUGCUGAUGUUUCUCUUUGCUCUGUGGAUGGUGCUGUUAGAGAACAGUCCUGGCAUGAAGAAGGUGGAAAAUGAGAUCUGGCAGAUGUUCUUUGAAGGCCGCUAUCUCAUUCUCCUAAUGGGCGCCUUCUCUAUAUACACUGGCUUCAUUUACAAUGAAUGCUUCAGCAGAGCUACCACCAUCUUUCCAUCUGCCUGGAGUAUUGCUGCCAUGGCUAACCAGUCAGGAUGGAGCUUGGAAUAUAUCACUGAAAACCCUGUUCUUGUCCUGGUUCCUAACGUCACUGGAGUCUUUAAUGGCCCCUACCCCUUUGGGAUAGACCCGAUUUGGAGUCUGGCCGUCAACCAUCUCACCUUCUUGAACUCUUUCAAGAUGAAGAUGUCUGUGAUUUUGGGCAUUGUGCACAUGAGCUUUGGGGUGUUCCUUGGCAUCUUCAACUUUGUUCACUUCAAACAAAUGUACAAGAUCCUACUGGUUUUCCUUCCGGAGAUCAUCUUCCUGCUGGCACUCUUUGGCUAUCUUAUAAUCCUGGUCUUCUAUAAGUGGCUGGUGUUCGAUGCUUCCACUUCCCAAUUUGCACCUAGCAUUCUCAUCCAUUUCAUCGAUAUGUUCCUGUUUACAGAGAAUGCUGACAACAUUCCACUCUAUAAGCACCAGACGACAGUGCAAACAGUGUUGGUGGUGGUGGCUCUUGCCUCUGUGCCUGUCCUGCUGCUGGGGACGCCCUUAUACCUCUGGUGCCAGCAUUCGCGGAGAAAGGCCUUCCAGAUCCAGCGUGAACCUUCCAGUGCAGAAGAGCGCCAGUCCCUGCUAAACUCCGGUCCAGGCAGAUCAGUGAACGUUGCUGAAGAUGAUGUAGAGCGUGCCCAGCCCAAGCAAGAGCCAGAGUUUGAGUUCUCCGAAGUGUUCAUGCAUCAAGCCAUCCAUACCAUUGAAUAUUGCCUGGGGUGUGUCUCAAACACAGCUUCCUACCUGCGUCUCUGGGCCCUCAGCUUGGCCCAUGCACAACUUUCAGAAGUCCUGUGGACCAUGGUGAUGAGGAAUGGCUUUUGGAUGACGGGCUACAAGGGUGGUGUCAUCCUUGUACCAGUGUUUGCUUUUUUUGCGGUACUGACUGUGGCCAUCCUGCUAGUAAUGGAAGGAUUGUCCGCUUUCCUGCAUGCUCUCCGUCUGCACUGGGUGGAAUUCCAGAACAAAUUCUAUGCAGGUGCUGGGUAUCGGUUCAACCCGUUCACUUUCACUGCCAGCACCUGGAACUAAGAGGAAGAGCAAGGCUUUUCUCCUCAGAGAGCAGAUGUACUGUAUAUGCCCUCAUGAGCCAGUGGGGAAAGUUAAUUGGCUUAUGCUGCAUUUUCUUACUUGAGCAACUGUCCCUUGCUUCUUCCUUUCUGCCGGUUGUGCCUCAUGUCCUACCAGAUGGUACGACAGCAUCCUUUAGCCCUUUCCCCUCUUUGGAAACGGAGCUGACAUCCUAUCCCCAGCUGUUACAUUGAAGAUAAGGUUCGACACUGCUUCGCUGCAAGGAUGUUGGGGGAGACAUUCCAAAAUUAAGGAAAAGUUUUACAGGAAACUGCCCCCUGCUCCAUGCCAUGUUACAU